GAUUUAGAUGCCGAUAUUUCUUUAUAGAUUAUUGACAGGCUGUUUGACACAAUGAAUGGACGCAAUCCUCGUGCCAAAGGAUUCAAAUCUCCCUUGGGUGCUUUGAAUUGGAUAGAGAGGAAAGCAUUUUUGUCAAGAGCCAGGGAGUACUUGCUCACUUUGGUGACAAAAGAUGGAACACCACUUCACCGAUCUAAGAGGUCUAUUAAAAUAGUGCUUGUUAUUCAUGCAUGAAAAGUUCACGACAUGAGUUCAACGAUACUCUGUUCCGUUAUGCAUCGAGUUCAUAAGAUGCUCUGUUCUCUACAUCAGGUUAAUAUGAUGCUACUGUUACAAUGUGUUUUCCUUUAGUUUGGUCUGCUAACAUGAUGCUCUUUUAUUUCAAUGUUUUUCUGUGUUCAGUUUUGUUUGUUGGAAUGAUCUUGUAUUCAUUGCUUUUGAGGUCCCAGAUGCUUCUAAAUAGUAUGUAUCACACAACAUCAAGUUUUGCAGGUGUCAGAAGGAGGGUAUGUAUGUUGAAAUGAUGUUCUCUUGUUUCAAUGUUUUUCAAUCUGCAGUUUUGUUUCUAUUUGAAUUAUCUUGUAUUCAGUGUUUUUGAGGUCCCAGAUGCUUCUAAUGGUACGUAUUACACAACAUCAAGCACAUGUAGGUGUCAAAAUGGUAUGUAUUGCAUGUGUUUCUUGUUCUCAAGUUAUCCCAGUUCUGCAAUUACAUUGUUCCUAGUUAGCUAAACUGUCCUACAAGUAUACUGUAUAUGUUUUGCCAUGAUCAGAGUAAUACAAUGUUUUUCUUUUGCAGGUACUUGUCAGUCAUUGGAUUUGUCAUUAACAUCGACACGUUGAUGCUGAUGAUUCCUGAACUGCUCCAAGUUCAGCGGUAUGUCCUCACCUACAGGUUCAGCCAGGAUCACUUGGAGCUCCUAUUUAAUUCCAUCAGAGCGUCAGGUGGCUGGAAUAACAAUCCAUCUGCACGCCAGUUCCAGUCCAUCUUCCGCCGUCUGAUGGUUCGUUGUGGUGUUUCACCUAGUGAGACAGGCAAUGUGGCAGCCCAAGAUCACACUGUGUCCCUGUCUGCGGUAGAGAUGUCCUCUCCUGAAACUGCUGAAGAGCACCCAUCUCCAUUCGCCAACAUUUCGGCUGUUGUGAGUGACCACAGCUAUCUUCCCACUCGGUUUGGUGGUCUGGUGGAAAAUGCGCUGGUCUACAUCGCAGGAUUUGUAGUCCGGCAGAUUCUGCGAAAGCUGUCCUGUGAUGUGUGCCGUGCAAGCUUGGUCAGAGAUGCUGUACCUUCAUCAUUUGAUGAGAGCUACCACCUUCUAGCCCUGAAAAACCACGGUGGCCUAGUGAUUCCAUCACAAGGCACAGUGAAGGUGCUGAGAGCUGCAGAGAGGGUGGUUCGCCAAGCUUCAACAAGGCAAGCUCCAAAGGUGUCGACAGUCACCUACAUUGUCCGGGAGGAGAUUGGAACGAAGGAUGUUUUUCAGCUUGGGGAACACAUUGAGGAGACGCAGUUUGGCAUCGACAACCAUUAUUCCAACUUGUUGUCAUUGGUUGUGUCUGUGUUUCUGAAAAUAAGACUACACCACAUUGCCAAACUCACCUCUCUUGACCUGCAGAAAGGGAGCACGAGAAAGAAGCUCUGCAAAACAGUCCUCUUUCAGGGCUUUUAGCUCAUUUAAACUUUCAUGAGCAACUUUGUGUAAAUAUGGUUUGG